GGGAAGAGUAGUUUUUCCAUCUCUGCACAGUCAGCCUGGACUUUAACAGCCAUUUCUGGGGAGGCCAUGGUGGGGGGGGCUCGUUUAUUGGACUUUCGCUUUUUCCCGGGGUUGAUCUCCUGGGAACGGCCUUUCAGGUCAGUUUGGAUGUGAUGUCUGGGAAUCUGGGACAAUCUGAAACACCUACAGUUUAUCAUGAGAGACAGCGCCUGGAAUUAUGUGCCGUCCAUGCCCUCAAUAAUGUCCUGCAGGAACGACUCUUUACCCAAGACAUAGCUGAUGAAAUCUGUAAAAGGCUGGCUCCUGAUGCUAGGUGGAAUCCACACCGUAGCUUUCUGGGGACAGGGAACUAUGAUGUCAAUGUCAUCAUGGCAGCUCUUCAGAGUGUGGGGCUUGAAGCCAUUUGGUGGGAUAAACGAAGACCCCUCGAGCAAUUGUCCCUGGCAGGGCUGGUUGGCUUCAUCGUGAAUGUCCCUUCCAAUGUGUGCCUGGGUUUCCUGUCUCUUCCUGUGAGGCGUCGCCACUGGAUUGCUGUGCGUCAGCUUGAUGGCAUCUAUUAUAAUCUUGACUCCAAACUGAAGGCACCAGCACCAAUUGGUGGUGAAGCUGACCUCAGGAUAUUUCUCCAGGAGGUGCUUUCCCAAGGCGCAUGUGAGUUGCUGUUGAUUGUGCCCCAUGAGGCAGGCGAAGCCAGGCCUUGGCUGAACACUGUGACAUGAUCCCAGGCCUCCCAUAAGAAACUGCCUGGUCUAAAGAUCUUUUUUUCUCCCUGCUGCACUCCCUUGCACCGCCUGCUGCAUGUGACGUGGGGAAGAAAGGAGCACUCCAUUCCUGUUUAUACUGUCACUGUGGGUGCCAAUGAUAGAAUCCAUCUUACCUUCUCUAAGAAAUGAUCCUGACUCCGCUCUAUUUCUGCUUGCUUUUUAAAGGCUUGGCUUCUUCUGGGAUGAUAUGGAAUAAAGCACAUGGCACCCAAUGGUGAAGGGUUCCUCCCGCGCCCCCCAAAGUAUAUCAUGAUACUUACGCCUAUAUAGGAUCUUCCUUGUAGACAAGUAGAUCAAAAUUGGGAGUUGGUUUAUGCGCAAGGCUUGAUGAGAUGCCCAUCUCUUCAUCCCCAGCCUAUGAUAUAAAUGCAACAGUAGAAUGUGGGUCUUUUCAGAAUUCUAAUAUAAAAGCCAUUCUGCUAAUACAUCUAAGAGUUCCUUGGAUGAAACAAUUUGUUGACCAUGCCUUAAAGAAUUCACAUUUGAUUUUGGAAAAGGCUGUUCUGGAAAAUUGAAGAAGUCAGGGAGGGUCAUCUGAAGAACCGGUUGGGAGAAUGAGGAGAUACCUAAGAACUGUUAAAAUGUAAGAAACGCGGGCUAACUUUAGUUCGGGAGAGCUAUGCGAAAAGGCUUGACUUCUGUCUUGGGUUUCCUUGUGAAACUGUUUAAAGCAAUAUGAGAGGUUUAAGAAUUCUGGGGUAGCUGUGGUUGAUGUUGAGAAGGCAGAAGUUGAGAGGGGGAAAAUAAUAUUUUGAUUGAGAAUAAUGGUUUAGGAGAAGAGGGUAAUUCAGAUAUUGCAUUGUAGCCUCUAAGGUGCUUCUGUGCCUUUUAAUUUCUGGCUGACAGAAAUUCAAUAGGAAGAUUUUUCCCAAAACUGAUAUCUUAAAAUAGUGGCCUUCCUGAUCCUCUGUUUCCAGCACCCUUCCCCACUGGAACUGUAGCUCAAUGCUAUUGGGAAAGUACCAAGAGUGCUUGUGCCUGUUGAAUUUUUGGCUGCCACAUAAUGAUUAAAGGACAAGAAUCUGGCACAGUGGAUAAAGAAGUGAUGGUCCUCUCACAGCAAGUGAAAAUAUUUGCUUCUUUUUCUUCAUUUCUUCUUUUUCUAAAGGGAAAAAAAUCCUAGUUGUGCCAGAGAACAAAGUAUAUAGUGAAAAGUUCAAAUAUUAAUAUGGGACAAAACAGUGGUCAGGUCAUGGGAGACUAAUGCGCUACCCAGUUUGUUAUCCAGGUUUAUGUAUUUUUAUCCUUUUCUAGGUGGCAUUGCCUAUUUUAUGAAGUAGAAUGAAUAUAUGCAUUCCAAGUUUUAUGUUUUUACC